AUGGUCUAUGAACUAAAUGAGAUGAUUAUGAAUAUUAUACCAGGUGAAGGGAGAACAUAUUUUAGCUCAGACAGUAUAUGCAAAGCAAGUGUAAAGACAAAUGAUGAAGAUCUUUUGUAUCCAGUUGAAUUUUUGCAUGGUUUGAAAUUUAAUGGCAUCCCUAAUCAUGAGAUGCGACUUAAGGAAGGUGCUCCUGUAAUGCUCCUUAGAAAUCUAAAUCAAACAGAAGGCCUAUGCAAUGGCACAAGAUUGAUUAUCAGGCAUCUUGAUAAAUGGUUCAUUAGAGGCAACAUCAUUUAUGGAACAAAUAUUGGUGAAAAUGUCACAGUUUCAAGAAUUAUUAUGUCUCCCAAUGAAUCAAGAUGA